UGUUUGUGUAUACAAUUAUCGAUAAGUUUGUAGUUUUUAUUAUUGUUGGAGUUUUCUAGUAAACAAAUUAGAUAAAGUUAAAAUUAAAAAAAAAACAUUUCCAAAAGCGCUUCAAGAUGAAAAUGAAACUAAUUGAAUCUGUUGUUCGCAGCUUUAAAGUUGCGAAAGUGUUUCGUGAAAAUACGGACAAGAUAAACGCUAUUGACUUCGCACCAAAUGGCGAGCACUUGAUUUCAUGCAGUGAGGACGACCAAAUUGUCAUUUAUGAUUGCGAAAAAGGCACACAGUCGCGCACCGUUAACUCGAAGAAAUAUGGUGUCGACUUAAUCCAUUUCACACAUGCCAACAAUACAGCCAUACACAGCUCGACAAAAGUUGACGAUACCAUCCGUUAUUUGAGUUUGCAUGACAACAAAUAUUUGCGUUAUUUCCCGGGGCAUACAAAGAAAGUUAUAUCACUGUGUAUAUCGCCAAUUGAAGACACAUUUUUAUCUGGUUCAUUGGACAAGACUCUGCGUUUAUGGGAUUUGCGUUCACCAAACUGUCAAGGACUGAUGCAUUUAUCUGGUCGUCCCGUGGCUGCCUAUGAUCCUGAAGGCUUGAUAUUUGCGGCUGGUGUGAACUCAGAAAGCAUAAAGUUAUACGAUUUACGUUCUUUCGAUAAAGGCCCGUUUGUAACUUUCAAACUCAACCAAGAAAAGGAUUGUGAAUGGACUGGUUUAAAGUUUUCACGUGAUGGAAAAACUAUUUUAAUCACCACAAAUGGUUCUGUUAUACGUCUAAUAGACGCAUUCCAUGGUACGCCCUUGCAGACUUUCACUGGUUACCCCAACACAAAAAACUUAUCUAUCGAAGCAAGCUUUAGUCCCGAUUCUCAGUUUGUCUAUUCGGGCAGCAGCGAUGGCCGAAUUCAUGUUUGGAAUGCCGAAAAUGGUUACAAGAUAUGUGUUUUGAACGGUGACCACCCUGGGCCUGUUCAAUGUGUACAAUUUAAUCCCAAAUACAUGAUGUUAGCUUCUGCUUGUACGAACAUGGCUUUUUGGUUACCAACUUCAGAAGAAGGUUUAGUUUAAAUGCCUCAAUUAGUUUUUAUAAUAUAUUUAAGAAACAAUAAAUGUUAACAUAGAUACUUAAAACGUACAAGAAAUCAAUAAAGUUUGUAAAAUUCACUGCAAUCAUAAAAGGUGUACAUUUGUAUCCACUUAAUGCCUUGUUGUCAAAGCGCUGUGCAGAUGAAAACAUAAAUUUCAAUUUUAUAAGGAGUAAAACAUUUCUGAU